AAAGAAAACAUAAUUUGGUCAAUUUGCAUAUUUCAAUAGAAAUAGAAACAGAAAGCGGAUUAGGUAAUUCACGCACAACAAACAACAAAAAUGAGUAAACUGGAAACGGACUCGGACAGUUCAGAGGAAUUUUUCGAUGCCGAAGACACAACACCGAAUCGCGCCUCAACGCUUUGCCGCAAAUUGCCACCGGAAUGCGCGCAGGAGUUCAUCUUUCCAGAGCCAGCGGUGCGUGUGAAUGCCAACGUCUCCUCCGACAGCGAUGCAACGCCCAUUGGGGCAGGCACGCCUGCCACCCGCAGUCCCACAAAUAGUCUCGGUGCACGUCUCAAGCAACAGGAUGCAGCCAUCUUUGUGGAGCCAAAGGCGGGCAGCAAGGGCGUGUCUGGUAGACAACGCUUUCAAGAUCUGCGUGAUUGCAUGAAAAAAGAUGAAGAUGAUAAUCCAGGAAAUACACUCACACCUGAUUCUCAGAACAGCUCCAUGGAUGGCGUAUUUACCAAUCGGACAACGCAUCCGUUUAAGGUGGUCGAAAGCGAUACGAUGAGCAUACAGAGCAUGACAUCAUUGGGACGCGUGGGUCGCAUCUUGGCCGGCAGCAUCGAUCCGUCUGCGAUCAGUGUUGAUCGUGAAUCGCUGGCCUCAAUGAACGUCCAACAGCAACAGUUGCAACAGCAACGCCAGACGCCGCCGCCGCUGCCCUCAACAACAGCAACGGCUGCCACAACAGUUGCUGCAGCAGCAGCCGCAGCAACGGCAGGAGGCAAGCAGUCGGCGCAUAUCGUGGCCACAACUGCGGUAGCUGCUGCAUUGAGCAGCACACAAAUCCUACAGGAGCCGGAUGUGAUAGCCAGCACAAAGCUGGCGCACUCAAAGACCACGGACUCGAUAACAUCCAGCGGACCGGUGGCGCCGCCGCGUCGCAAAAAGAAAUCACGCAAAUUCUCGAGCAGCUCGUCGGAGCAGUUCAACAUGAAUGAGGGCAUGCAAGUGCCGGCUGGUGGCGAUACGGAGGACACAGACAGCGAUACGAGAUCGGUGCAGAGUGUGCGCGAUGUGCAGCAGCAGUUGCGCGACGACAUUGUCAAGCAGUUCGAGAAUUCGCUGAACGAUGUCAGCGCCAAGGCGUCGAGCAAUACACUGACCUGUUCCUCAACCAGCACAAUUGUGUCCGCUUCGGCAUCGACGGCGACAACGACGCCCUCAUCACUGAUUCAAAUGGCGUCAACGAGUCAGGCGUGCUUUGUGCGUCCUGUGUCCGCGGCGGGCAUUGUGCUAAAGCCAUCGCAUUCGCUGGGGAACAGCUCCACAUCGGUCUACUCGAAGCCAAGUCCCUCGAACUCGGCCAAGAGCAAUUCGGCGCCGGGUCGGGUCAGUUCCAUUGAUCCCAAUCAGGGCCUCAAUCUGUUCAAGGCCAUUCAGGGCGGCUAUGUCGUUAAACCGCGCGACGAGGCUAGCAACAAGGCUCAAGGCCCAUCGCAGGACGAAAUCGAGCGCAUCGAGAAAAUGCUCAUGGAGAGCGCUAGUCGACCCAAGCUGGCGGGCAGCGGUUCCAAUAGCUUGGGCAGUGCCACACGCUAUACGGCUUUGUAUCGCGUAAGUGAUAAGGAACGUCGCAAGUCCGCUGGGGAUGAAGAUGUUUUGCGGCAGAUGAAUAUUUACGUGCGCACACGCACGAAUUCGGGGAAACAGUUGACUGACUUUGAGAUACUCGAACAAGUUCCUGUAAAGAAUUUGGAUACUGGUGAGAAUAUGCCGCUAUCCGAGGUGCGUUCACCGCCAGUGCCUGAGGGCUGGAAUCCGCUCUCGCUGCAUAUACUGAAGCUGACCUCGCAUCUGGAGGUCAUACAGAAGGAAUCGGAUGAGGAGAGCGUAAUUGGCAUACCGCCCAGCAGUGAGGGCCAGCAGCCCGACGAGGAGGAGCUCGAAACAGAGGAUGGCAGUCGCCUCAAAAAGAAAACGGCUCGGAUUAAACGCUUCUUUGGCAGCACGAUGCGCAAAACGGUGGAUAAGGCCAAGUCGAUUGCAUCGGAGGUGUCGCAUGCGCGACACAAGGAGGAUGUCGCCGACAUCGUGGACGCCAUGAAUCCCGAGCAGAAUAUUAAAAUCAAGGCAUCCUCCUCGAACAAGGGCCCCUAUGAGUUUACCAAGCUGCAGCAUGUGCAGGAUCUGAUUGGCGAGGAUACCAGCGCCGUGUGGUGCAUGAAGUUCAGCUCAUGUGGACGACUGCUGGCCACUGCCGGACAGGAUAAAGUGCUCCGCAUUUGGGUGCUUAAGGAUGCCUAUCCCUAUUUUCAGGAUAUGCGCAACAAAUACAAUGCGGAUCAGAAAUCAUCGCCGACGCCAUCGCAAGAGUCGCUAGUGUCGCAGCAUUCCGCCGAGGAAGCAAUUGCGAUGGCCACCGCAGCGGAGAAGUGCACGGGCCCAUUUAUGCCGAAGCCCUUCUGUAUGUACAAUGGACACACGUCGGAUUUGUUGGAUGUCAGCUGGUCGAAGAACUAUUUCAUCCUGUCGAGCAGCAUGGACAAAACGGUGCGUCUGUGGCACAUCUCGCGGAAAGAGUGCCUCUGCUGUUUCCAGCACAUUGAUUUUGUCACUGCCAUUGCGUUUCAUCCGCGAGACGAUCGCUACUUCCUCAGUGGCAGUCUUGAUGGCAAACUCCGGCUGUGGAACAUACCCGACAAGAAGGUGGCGCUGUGGAACGAGGUCGAUGGCCAGACGAAGCUCAUCACGGCGGCGAAUUUCUGUCAGAAUGGCCAAUUCGCUGUGGUUGGCAGCUACGAUGGACGCUGCAUAUUCUACAACACGGACCAGCUGAAGUAUCACACGCAAAUUCAUGUGCGCUCCACGCGUGGCAAGAAUCGCAUUGGUCGCAAAAUUAGCGGCAUUGAACCGAUGCCCGGUGAGGAUAAAAUUCUGGUUACCUCCAAUGACAGUCGUGUCCGCCUGUACGAUCUGCGCGACCUGAACUUGUCCUGCAAAUACAAGGGCUACCUCAAUGUCUCCUCGCAGAUCAAGGGCUCCUUCAGCCACGAUGGCAAGUACAUUAUUGCCGGUUCCGAGAACCAAUGCAUCUACAUAUGGAAAACGAAUCACGACUACUCCAAGCUGAGCUCGGUGCGUCGAGAUCGUAGUGAUUUUUGGGAGGGUAUUAAAGCACAUAAUGCCACUGUCACCUGUGCCAUAUUUGCGCCACAUCCAGAGGCCAUCAUCAAACCGGAACCGGACGAAAUUCCAAAUGAUAAGCCGGAUCCGUUGGCGGAGCAGCAUAAGAAGGGAUGUGGCUAUGUGCUGGUCAGUGCCGAUUUCAAUGGCGCCAUCAAGGUGUUCAUCAAUAAAACGAAGCCCAAGCACAGCAGUUUGCCGUACACGGCCAUUGCGGAUUAGACGAGGCGCCGAUAUGUCAAUUAGCCGAUUGGGCGAUUCAUUCAAUGCGAAUGUGGGUGUGGGUUGUGGGGGUGAGGGUUGGGGGGAAUUGGGGAAUUGGGGAAUUGGAAAUGGAAAA